AUGGAAUCCGACACUGAGUUUCCCGAGCCAACUACUUACAGGGACCUUGACGCUAUAACCAAAUACCUUGACACCGAGAUCGAUUUCAUGGCCGCAAGGAGUUACUACUCAAGGAACUACACCAUUCAAUUACGGAGGCACGCCGUUUCUACAAUCGCCAGGCUCUCGCAGCGCGAAGAUCCCGAUGCAUAUAUUCCCUACCUAGCAGUGAACUAUUUCGAUCGCUUUGCUUCCAGGAAACUUAUUCAAGAUAUCACCGGUGGAACUUUGACUGAAAGAGUUCGUUUGAUUGCAAUAUGUUGCUUCAUCAUUUCCGCCAAGAUGAGGACAAAGCAGUUCUAUCUCCCUGAGCUUCUGGGGGACAAAUAUGUUGAUAUCGAACACGAGAGGAUUAUGAAAAUGGAGCUUCUAAUUCUCGAAGAACUUGACUGGCGAAUGAUAUCUGUAACUCCCUUUUGCUUUCUAGACCACCAUUAUCCCAUCUUCAAAAAGAUUGGUGGUUUCAAACGCCGUUGCAUCAAUGAGAUCAUAGUCCAGGCUCAAGGAGAGCACCCCUUCACUCUAUUCACGCCUUCUACUAUUGCAAUGUCCGCUUUUCUGGCUGCUACCAAAAUUGCAUAUCCCAAUGAGUAUGAUUCAAUAGACAAAAAGGAGGAGGAGAAAGAGUGUUGCAACAAGCUGGUUGAACUUUGUCUUAGAAAGAACAUUGAGAUACGUACUGAAUCAGGAAUUGUUAUGUCUGGUAGCAAAAUGGCGGCAUCCCUGGAGCAUGCUGAAGAAGUUGCAGCAGCCGAGACAUCCGAAGAAGAGUUGGCAGAAGAGAUUGAGUCAAGCAUGCAAGAACAUAACAAGAGCAGGGCAGCCCCCUUUUGGGCCCUGAAAUCUGGAAUUUUAGUAGUCAAGACCGAGGCAAAACAAAGAAGAAAGGAGGAGGACAAGGCUGGGGUCGUGGAGGCAUCUAAAGAAGAUGUAGCAGCAGAGACAGAGACAAACCGACAAGGACAGGACAAGGGCAAGACACGGAUGGUGCCGGAAAUAACUGAAGAUGAGAUCGAGUUCAACCAACGAAGACGGGAGAAGGGCAAAGCAUUGAUGGUGGUCGAUGAGGAGGAGGAGGAAGAGGAGGAAGAAGAGGAGGAGGAGGAGGGACCAGUUUCACAGAUUGUUCCAAAGAAGCUAAUGAACUUUCACCUAAAGUGGCCAAUUAGUACGCAGCUAGAUAUUAUAGAAUACAUAACGGAACAUGAAGCUGAACGAAAACAUAAAAAAGCAAAAGCAAAAGGACAUGGAAAAGCAAAAGCACAGGCACAGGCACAAGCACGGGUAGAUGACCCCAGAAUAGUAAGCAUUCGAUGUCCUGAAACAAUAAGGGGGACUGGACACGAUAAACCUCUAGGAAACGGGGGAUUUUGUAACUGCAGCAUCGUUUAG